AUGGCGUCCCCCCGCGAGCCCUCGGAGACGGACGCGCUGCUGGCGCCGCCCCCCUCCGCCGUGCGCGUGUCCAUCUCGGCCGCCGACGUCGAGGAUGACAACGAGAGCGACACGCUGUCCUCGGGCCAGGACGUGGCCGUCGCGGACCCUCCGCGCUUCCCGGCGCUGGCGCGCACGGCCUCGGCGCUGCGCUCGCCGUCCUCGAUCCUGCGCUCGCCCAUGCCGCGCUUCAUGCUGGACGGCCCGCGCUCGCCCAGCUGGAAGCCCAACGCGCGCAACGCCGCGCCCACGCCCUCGCAGUUCGGCGCCGUGGACCAGCGCGACCCGUACGCGGGCACGUACGGCGUGCAGCGCACGCACUCGUUCCCGAGCGACCUGUACUCGGGCGCGCGCUUCUCGCGCUUCGAGAUCGAGGAGGCGCUGCGGCAGCGCAACGGCACCACGCUGCUGGACUGGCUCAAGGGCAAGGGCCGCAACCCGUUCUCGGCCGCCUCGCGCAAGCAGCAGAUGAAGGAGAAGGACAAGGAGAAGCGCGCCAAGGCGCAGCACCGCGAGUCCUUCAACUACGACUUCUUCGAGAGCCGCGUCAACAUGCAGCAUGACCAGGAGCAGACGGAGAGCGCCGUGCGCUCGCUCAACAUCGCGCGCUGGGUCAUGACCUUCGGCGUGGGGCUGGGCACGGCGCUCAUCGCGUGCUUCGUCGAGUUCUGGACGUCUCUGCUGUCCACGUUCCGCACGGCCACGAUGGAGUCGCUGGUGGCGGCCGAGAUGGACGGAUCCCAGGCCUUUGGCACGGGGUACCUGGCCUACUCGAUGAUCAGCGUGGGCUUUGUGGCUGUAGCAAGCUACUGCGUUGCCAUCCUGUGCCCCGUCGCCGGCGGGUCCGGUAUCUCGGAGAUUAAGGCCACGCUCAACGGUAUCAAGAUCCACCGCGUUGUUCGGCUCAAGACGCUGUUCUGCAAGGCCUUUGGCAUCCUGUUUAGUGUAUCGGGCGGACUGCCAGUGGGCAAGGAAGGACCCAUGAUCCACAGCGGCUCGGUCAUCGGUGCCGGGCUGUCGCAGGGCAAGUCCUCGAGUUUCGGGCUGGACACGAGCUGGACUAAGUUCAAGGGCUUCCGCAACGACAAGGAGAAGCGCGACUUCAUCUCGUGCGGAGCUGCGGCUGGUGUGGCGGCCGCCUUUGGCGCCCCCAUCGGUGGAGUUUUGUUCGCGCUGGAGGAGGGCGCCUCGUUCUGGCACCAGAACCUUACGUGGCGCACGUUCUUCUGCGCUAUGGUGUCCGCCUUCGUGCUCAACUACUUCAUGUCCUUCAUGGAGGCCAACGAGUCGAAUGGCCCGACGCCGGACGUAGAGCAUGUCUUCAUUGGCGGCACCCUAGGCACGCAGACGGGGACCUUCACGUUCGGCCAGUUCGUUGGCAGCAAGGCCUACGAGGUGUUGGACGUGCCCAUUUUCAUUGUGAUGGGAAUGGUGGGCGGCCUGUUCGGCGCUGGCUUCAACGGCGCCAACACGGUGCUGACCAAGUUCCGCAAGCGCUACGUGACCCACCGCUUCCUGCGCUUCGGCGAGGCGCUGCUGAUCGCGUUCAGCAUGGCCACGGCGUCGUUCUGGCUGUCCUACUACUUCGGCCAGUGCCGCGACCUCGCAGGCGACUACAGCGACUCGCUGUCUCGGUUCUACUGCCCGGAAGGACAGUAUAACGACUUGGCUUCGCUCUUCACGGUGAACUACGCGACGAGCAUGAAGCAGCUGCUGCACUUCACGGGCGACGGCAGCUUCACGCCGUUCUCGCUGUGCAUGUUCUUCGUCGUGUUCUACAUCUUCGCGUGCUGGACCUACGGUAUUGCCGUGCCUUCGGGUCUCUUCGUGCCCAGUCUGCUGGCCGGUGCUGCGUACGGCCGUAUCUGCGUCAUGAUCGUGCACUACCUGGGCUUCCCCGUGGGCGCGCAAGACGGCAUGUUUGCCCUCAUCGGCUCGGCCUGUAUGCUUGGGGGCAUGGCCCGAAUGACGAUUUCGCUGACGGUCAUCAUCCUCGAGUGCACGGGCGUGAUCGAGUGGGGUCUCCCCAUUAUGGUGUCGCUGAUGGCUGCGCGCUGGGUGGGCAACAGCUUCAACGAAGGUCUGUACGACAUCCACAUCCACCUGAACCACCUGCCGUUCCUCGAGUUCGAUCCGCCAUACUACGCCCGCUUCCUGCGCGCGCUCAACAUCAUGAGCUCGCCGCCGACGUGUGUGCCGCAGAUUGCCAAGGUCGGCGAGAUCUACGACGUGCUCAAGAACUGCAACCACGGCGGCUUCCCGGUGAUCGUGCCGCGCAGUCAGGACGCUGCCGGUGGGGGCCACCGACCGAACCUGGGCGCCAAGCGCAUCUCUCCUCGUUUCGCUGGUACCAUCUACCGACACCACCUGGCUGUGCUGCUGCAGCGCAAGGACUUCUUCAUUGAGAAACCCGAGCCGUUUGUGCGUACUCCUGCGGGUGACACGACGCUGCUGUACAAUGACCAGUACGCGCUGUCCUACCGGGACAUGGAGGGCAGCUACCCUCGAUACCCGUCUAUCAACGACAUUCAGCUGGACGAGGAGGAGCGGGACCUGUGGAUGGACCUCACUCCUUACAUGAACCCGACGCCCCACACCGUGCAGGAGCAGACCCCCGUGCCGCGUGCAUUCCGGUUAUUCCGCUCCCUGGGACUGCGCCACCUCAUUGUGCUGAACCGGCGUAACGAGGUGCGCGGUGUGAUCACACGAAAGGAUCUGACUCCGGCACACCUCAAGUUCUGUCUGGAAUCUUUGAGCGAGACGGAGAAGCAGCGCAUCCAGGGCUACUUCCACCGCGAUCGCUCUGGAUCGGAGCGCUUCGAGGACGUCGAGAAGAAGCUGAUCAGCAUCACCGACAACUCUUAA